GGAGAGAGCUUAGUCAAGGCCCGUCAAAGCUACAUUGCAUCCGGACAACGACGAGACAUCCACCGUUACGCAUACUCCGUACACUCCGUCGUCACUCUGCCCCCCACCGAACUCGCCAAGCAUACAGAGCCAGAAAAGCAUCAGACCCUCACGGAAACAGACAGCGGAACUGAGUGUUCGGCUUCGAACUGCCUCUACUCUAGCUCCGAACGACAGAACUCUUCAGAUCCAAACACGUACCACCAAGCGCACACAGAGAGAAAGCGAAAGAUCAGCUGCUUGCCGGAGCGAAACAGACCAUAGAGCUCCCUCCCACCCACCAACCAACUCCCGCUCUCUCGUCACCCCCGAUCCACCUGCUCUCUGCGAGCUCCGAUUCCCGAGAAACCACAGGAACCGAUUCCAACGAUGGCUACGCAUCGCCAAACUCUACGAGAUCGUCAAGUGGCUUCGAUCGAGAAGAUACUCAACCUCAAUCAUGACCAGCCCAAGCCCGAGCCCGAUGCCAAUGGCCUCGUUCCCGCCGCGAAACCGCUCUUGAACGAAGACGGCGAACCCAUAUGGAAGGUGUUGGUCUUCGACAACUUGGGCCGCGAUGUGAUCUCGUCGGUGCUUCGAGUUCAGGACCUUCGCAACUUCGGCGUGACCAUCCAUUUGAACCUCCAUUCGCCCCGCCAUCCGAUCCCCGAUGUUCCCGUCGUCUAUCUGGUCGAGCCGACGUCCGAGAAUGUUGCCGCCAUCGCAGCGGACUUGUCCAAAAACCUCUACGAGACCGCCUAUGUGAACUUUCUUUCGUCGGUACCGAGACCCUUGCUGGAGGACUUCGCGGCAAUGACGGCGGAGAACAACACCUCGGAGAAAAUCGCCCAGGUCUUCGACCAGUACCUCAAUUUCGUGGUCUCGGAACCGGAUCUUUUCAGUUUACACCUCAAGGACGCCUACUACACCUUAAACUCAGCGCAAGCUGCCGAUAGCGCUAUCGAGCAUACCAUCGACAAGGUCGUAGGCGGCUUGUUUUCCGUGGUGGUGACAAUGGGCUCCAUCCCCAUCAUCCGAUGUCCCAAAGGCAACGCCGCUGAAAUAAUAGCUCAGAAGCUUGACCGAAAGCUCCGCGACCACGUUCUGAACUCCCGUGACAACAACCUGUUUUCCUCGCACUCUUCUUCUUCGUCGGCCAGUUCGCAGACCCGCCCGGUUCUUAUCAUUGUUGACCGUAACAUCGAUCUGGUGCCGAUGCUCUCGCACUCGUGGACGUAUCAAGCACUGGUGCAUGACGUGCUAGGCAUGCGAUUGAACCGCAUCACCGUGGAAACUGUCGAGGACGGAGGGAAAGUUAGCAAAAAGAGCUAUGACUUGAACUCGAACGACUUCUUCUGGGCCAAAAACGCCGGUGUUCCCUUCCCGCAGGUUGCGGAGGACAUCGAUGCGGAGCUGACCAAAUACAAGGAGGAUGUCGCCGAGAUCACGAGGAAGACGGGUGCUAGCUCUCUGGAGGAUCUUCAAAAUGACGUCGGAGCUUCGGCGGCUCACCUCAAGGCGGCAAUUACACAGUUGCCUGAACUGCGGGAUCGGAAAGCGAUUCUCGACAUGCAUAUGAACAUUGCUACGGCGUUGCUGAAGGGAAUCAAAGAGCGCCAACUUGACAAUUUCUAUCAGAUCGAGGAAAACAUUACAAGGCAGAACAAGGCGCAGAUCUUGGAAGUUAUCAACGAUCCGGAAAAGAAGAACGCUACAGACAAGAUGAGGGCCUUCAUAAUUUGGUAUCUGAACUCGGAACAAGACCCCAGCAAGGCCGAUAUGAACGACUACGAAACCGCGUUGCGAGAGGCCGGCUGCGAUAUGGCGGCGUUGGCCUACGUCAAGAAGGUUCGCGAAAUCACCCGAAUGACAAUGAUGGCUUCGGCGCCUUCACAACAGCAGGCGGCGGCGCAAACGACAACUGGUGAUCUGUUCAGGGGAUUCAGCUCCAUCAGUAACAGGCUCACCGACCGGCUGAAAGAUGCGGGCGCCCUUGGCGGCGGGUUCGAAAACCUGAUCUCGGGUGUCAAGAACUUCCUUCCGGUGAACAAAGACCUCACGAUCACCAAAAUUGUGGAGUCACUCAUGGACCCGACGUCGUCCUCGACCUCUGCCCUGGGCAAAACAGAGAGCUACCUAUUCUUUGACCCGCGCUCGUCGUCCGCGCGCGGCACCACGGGGAAUCCUGCGGGCGUCGCGCGGCUGGGGCCCGAUGGCCGUCCGGUUGCGGGCGGACCCACGUUCGGCCAGCGACGGCAGGGCUUUGCGGAGGCGGUCGUGUUCACCGUCGGCGGCGGGAAUAUGGAGGAGUACGGGAAUCUGCAGGAGUGGAGCCGUAGGGUCGGACAGAGCGGCGCGGGCAUCAGGCGCAAGGUCGUCUAUGGAAGCACGGAACUCAUCAAUGCCGAGUCGUUUGUGAAUGGCGAGUUGAAGAGGUUGGGGGAGGAGGGUUGAUGCGGUGGAUUGUGGGUUGUAAAUGCGGUAGUGGGUUAAUUAAGACGGGAGGAAUCAAAAACUUUUUUUUCGUUGGACGUAUCUCCGAGUAUCACUAUCGUCUAGAGGCUGGAGUCUCUGGAGUCUGGACCGUAG